CUUCACUUGUCACUCGUCUGAUCUGUCAUCUGUCUUAUCAAUGUCAAAAUAAAUUCAUUCAUGUUUUUUAUUUCUCAAGUUUUUGGGUAGUAAUUUGGCACUAAAGUAUAAAAUUAUGUAUUAAAAGUAUUAAAACAUGUAACUUUCAGUUUCGGAAUAAUUGAGAUUGACAAACUCAAAAUCAGUUCUUGUUUAUUUAAUUCAAAAUCAGGUUAACGCUUUAUUUACCAAGCAUGAUAGGUAAGAUCUUGCAUUUAUGUAAUAUAAGAUUUUUGUAUACAUAGAGAAAUUCGAACCCGAGAGCAAUACAAGUUACAUAUAUAUGUUGUAUAGUUUUUAAAAUCAUUAAAAUACGAGGAAACCAAAGAAUCAUGCAAGCAAAGCGCAGGUAUUUGUUGGUUUUCGUUGUUGCCUUUUUAACUUUUUGGUAUUUCGGGGGUUAUCAUCUACGGCGAGACCAAGAGUUACACCUAAACAUAGAAGACCUUCCCAAUUUUAUUAGUAUGAAUGUGAUAGACACUGGAUACCUUGUCAGAGGAAGAUAUCCAGACAAUUCCAAAAACUGUAGAAUGGAGACCUGCUUUGAUUUUAGCAAAUGUGAAAGAGAUUUUAAAGUGUAUGUGUAUCCUCAGGAGGACAGCAGUGUGCCUAGUCCGUCCUAUCUAAAACUGCUCAAUGUCCUGUUAGAAUCUAGAUAUUAUACUGCCGAUCCCAGAGAAGCUUGCAUUUUUAUACUUAGUAUUGAUACAUUAGACAGAGAUCGCUUGAGCAAUGACUACAUUCGCAACAUGCAAAAUAAACUACAGCGUUUACCUCAUUGGAACAGUGGUCUCAAUCAUGUCAUCUUUAAUUUAUAUUCAGGAACAUGGCCAAAUUACACUGAAAAUGAUUUAGAUUUUGAUUAUGGAAAAGCCAUUUUAGCUAAAGCUAGUAUGUCUGAAAACCACGUACGUGCCGGCUUUGAUAUAAGCAUACCUUUAUUUCAUAAGAUCCACCCAGCCAAAGGGGGUGAACCUGGAGCUUCUUCUGCUUAUAAUUACCCCUUAGAAAAGACUUACCUCUUGGCUUUCAAAGGCAAAAGAUAUGUACAUGGCAUUGGGUCAGAUACAAGAAAUUCUUUAUAUCAUUUACAUAAUAGGAAAGAUAUUAUCAUGGUUACUACCUGCAGACAUGGGAAAAGUUGGAAAGAUAUGAAAGAUGAAAGGUGUGAUGAAGACAACAAAGAGUAUGAUAAAUAUGAUUAUGAAACUUUAUUGCAAAAUUCAACUUUUUGCUUGGUCCCUCGAGGUAGAAGAUUGGGAUCCUUUAGAUUUUUAGAAGCUCUUCAAGCUGGAUGCAUACCUGUCUUGCUCUCAAACAGCUGGGCAUUGCCAUUUUCUCAAGUCAUCGACUGGGACAAAGCUGCUAUAUGGGCAGAUGAACGUUUAUUAUUGCAGGUACCUCACAUAAUAAGGUCCUUGUCUCCUAGGAAAAUCCUGCAGCUCCGCCAGCAAACGCAGGUGCUCUACGAUCGAUACUUCUCAUCGAUAGAAAAAAUCGUGUAUACAACUUUAGAAAUAAUCCGCGAAAGGCUUCCGAAACAGCCUGUUAGAGAUGGAAAAGCUUGGAACACUUUUCCAGGAGCUCUAGUAACUUUGACGACGUUUUCAGAUUACUCCGAAGAUUUUCCAUUUCACAUUGAAAAAGACGAAGGAACGGGCUACACGGCAGUGAUCUACUGUCAAUUAGGCGUGCCUUUAGUUGCCAAUUCUGCGCUUUACAGAUUGGUCAACAACGUGGGAAAAAGUAAAUAUAUUGCGAAGAUUUUAAUAGUCUGGUCUAAUGAAAAACGGCCGGCAAACAGAAACAGAUGGCCUCUUUUGCCUUUGCACGUUCCUCUACAUAUUAUUCAGCCCAGUGGUAACUCGAAUAUAGGAAACGAAGCUAAAUCCAGUAUUUCACAGAGAUUUUUCACUCAUAAGGAAAUAGAAACGGAAGCAAUACUGUCCUUAGAUGAGGAUACUGUUUUAACUACAGAAGAAAUUGAUUUUGCUUUCAUUGUAUGGAAACAAUUCCCUGAUAGGAUUGUUGGGUAUCCAGGACGGUCACAUUAUUGGGAUGAUUCAAAGUCAACUUGGGGAUACACUUCGAAGUGGACCAAUGACUACUCUAUCGUACUAACAGGAGCUGCCUUUUAUCAUCGCUACUACAAUUAUCUGUAUACAGAGUGGCUCAGUCCACUGUUGCACAAGACGGUUGAUCAGAGUCAGAAUUGCGAGGACAUACUGAUGAACUUUUUAGUUAGCCACGUUACUAGAAGACCUCCUAUAAAAGUGACACAAAGAAAACAGUACAAGGAACAACCCAGUGCUGGUAGCUGGUCGCCUUGGAAUGACCCAGAUCACUUUAUUCAACGACAAACUUGCUUAAACACUUUCGCUGCGGUGUUCGGCUACAUGCCACUAUUAAGAUCGAAUUUGAGGUUAGAUCCUGUGCUGUUCAAGGACUCCGUGUCUAAUAGGAGAAAAAAAUAUCGAAGAAUCGAGCUGGUGGGCAGUUAGUAUUGGUUUUAACGAUCCGUAGGUCUGUAAAAUAUAUCUGAAAAUUUUAUAAGAAUCAUAAUUUUAUCAAAUGAACAUAAUCAUUUUGUAAGACGUGAAUUGUUGAUACAAUUUUUGCAGAUAUUGUUUCAUUCAGGCAAUUAUGUAGGGUGGUUUAAUAUAAAACGACGGUAAGGAGACGUUGGGGCUCUAAAAUAAUCGUUUAUGAGAAGUUGGGUUAGGUUGCAUAUGAGUGGGACAUUUCCUUCCACACCCAUAGUUGAGUUAGGUGAUACUUAUUUAACUUCAAAUUGGCUCCUUAGAUUAAAGAGACCACAAAUGUAACAUACACCGGUGUGUGUUUAAUCUAAGGUUGGCUCCAACUGGAUGCAUGUCUGGAUCCUAAUUAUUUAUGGAGCAAAGCAGUUACAUGUUCUCUGCUGAUUUGUCUUCCAAGCUGCAGAAGUUGCAGACCUAAAUCCUUCUUAUGUGGUUUCUUAGAUGACAGUCCUCAGUUGUCAUUUCUAUCCUGUUGUAGGAUCUAACAAUUUCUGAAAUUUCCAUUCUAUAUGAAAGUGGGUUUUCUUCAUAUGUAGUAUGGAAAUUUCUUCUAUUUUUUUGACUCUGCAGUCGUGAUAUGGACAUCUCCCUUCGUCUUGUUCAGAUACUGUCGAUUUAUAAUUAAAAACCCUCGACUACAGAGUGUUAAUGAACAAAAUAUAUACAGAAUUAAUUAAAAAUGCUCUGUGAGUCUGUCAAUUUAAAACGAGCAAAUUUUGGGUAUAAAUAAUUUCAGCUACAUACAGAUUUAUGAGUUCACCAAUUUACAUAAUGAUACAACUACUUUAAUAAUAUUUUAUAAAACUAGUUUUCCCAACUACUACAUACAGCCUUUCUAUUUCUUUUAAUUUAAAAUAUUCAUGGUGAUUAGGUUCAAAAAGAAAGACGAAAAAAAGUGUGUGUAUAGUAUGUACAAUUUUGUAUGUGUGAAUUGCUCAAUAAUUUGUAUGUAGGUAACUCAUAAAUAGAGCUCUGUAUUCAAAAGAAGACUUUAACACAAUACUUUGCAUUUUUAAAGCUGUAAUUAACAUCUUAUUUUUUUUGAGUAUUUAGACUGCCAUUUUAAUCGAAUUACUUAAAUUUAUUUGGAAUAACUUCAAUUAUGUUGAGGAUUCGAGAAUAAUUUUAAGCAAGUUUUUCUCGACCAAAGAUUUUUUUAAAUUCAUCACCUAUAUGAAACAUACAAAAUAAUUUUAUUUAUAUUAUUUUUAAAAAUCGCUGGUUACCAAGUCUGAGAUGUCAACACCACAUAUUUUCUCAUUGAUUCGAAAACUUAAUUUCCUCCUUUUAUUAUUCCAGUGGAGUUUCUUUUAAAUGAAAUGUUCAGCAUUAGCAUCCGUUUAUUUUUAAAACGUGGUCUUGUUAAACAGAAUAAACCCAUCUGAACUUCAUUUUACAUGCGUACAAAAAUAGUGUGAUAACUGAGACACUUUGUCAAUGUAGUGCCAUAUAUAUUUAUCAAAUCAAUGAUUUUAUGAUGUGUGGCUCAAUGGCUAAGUAUGUUAUUUUGUCUACGACUUGCUAACUAGAUGUUAUUUUUUUGUUACUAUUGUGCCAUAAAACUGAUUGUCAUGAUCAGAUUUGUUAAAAAGCACUUUUAUUUUGAUAAAAGAUUUAAAUUAUGCAGUAGUUUAAAUAAGACUAAUAUAGUACAAACCAUUUUGAGGAGACUUGAUAAAAGA